UCAAAACUAAUGAAGGGACGUUCUGAUGAAGCUCACGGUGUAUGAUAUUCGUGCCACAGCUGUGUGUUUUUCAUGAAAUUAUUACAGUCUAAGGACUGGGACAUAGAUUUUGACAUAUUUCUCCGAAGCCACGCCUAAUGUCUUGAUGCUGGUGUUGUAUUGGUAGGGAGCACAGUGCCCAGGACCGCAUUGGUUGUUGUGUGUUUUUUUCAUAGGGGUCCCAAACUAUACCGAGAUUUGGAAUAUUACGUUACAGUCCUGCAGGAAAAUGGCGACUGUCAUUCAUAACCCCCUAAAAUCGCUGGGUGACCAGUUCUACAAAGAGGCCAUCGAACACUGUCGCAGCUACAAUGCCCGCCUCUGUGCUGAGCGCAGCGUUCGCAUGCCCUUCCUGGACUCGCAAACUGGCGUGGCGCAGAACAACUGCUACAUCUGGAUGGAGAAGCGCCACCGCCAGCCAGGCCAGGCAGCGGGACAGAUGUAUACCUACCCUGCUCGUUGCUGGAGAAAGAAGAGGCGACUCCACCCUCCUCUGGAUCCCCAGCUCCGCCUGUGUGAGCUUCGACUAGAAGCCGAGCUGGCCCCCAAGCGUGAGGUGCCCCCAGGGGAGGCCACGGCCUUGGAGGCCCUCCUGAGGGGGGACAGCCUGCUGGAGAAAAAAAACAACCUCAGUAAGGAAGAGGAGACGUUGCUGGAAAUCCAGAGAGUACUGGAGGCAGAAGAAAAUGGGGACGGUUUCAAUGAUGACGAAGACUUUGAACUGGACACUCCAAAGAGAAAGAACAGAAACAGAGGCAAAAACAGAGGAUCAAACCGCAGGAGGACAGAACCUGUUAACAGUGACGACCAGGACAAACCUUACGUCUGUGACAAUAGAUACAAACAAAAGCAUAACUCAAAAAAGGCUGAAGAAGUCUGUGGAAAGCGUUAUAAGAACCGGCCUGGUCUGAGCUACCACUACACCCACACUCACCUGGCAGAGGAGGAGGGUGAGGAGGAGAAAGAACCAGAGAUGGCCCCAUCUCCUCCACAGAGUUCGGACAACCACAAACCUCAGAAAGGCCCAGAUGGUGCCAUCAUCCCCAACGACUACUGUGACUUCUGCCUGGGAGACCAGGACUCUAACAGGAAGACAGGCCAGGCUGAGGAGCUGGUGUCCUGCUCUGACUGUGGACGCUCUGGUCACCCCACAUGCCUGCAGUUCACUGAGAACAUGAUGCAGGCGGUGAGGACGUACCAGUGGCAGUGCAUCGAGUGCAAGUCUUGCAGUCUCUGCGGAACCUCAGAGAACGAUGACCAGCUGCUGUUCUGCGAUGACUGUGACAGAGGAUACCACAUGUACUGCCUGAAGCCUCCAAUGACCCAGCCUCCUGAAGGGAGCUGGAGCUGUCACUUGUGUCUGGACCUGUUAAAGGACAAGGCCUCAGCCUAUGGAGAAGCAUAACUACGUCCUGGACAUUCUUCUCAACACACAUAUACACACAGUAUAUAUAUAUUUGUACAUAUACAUAUAACUGUUUGACAUGCCCACAUAUAAGCAAAAGCUUUAUCUCAUAUAGAAUCAAACACACACCGAUUCAAACACACUUUUUCUCUCUCUCUCUCUCUCUCUCUCUCACACACACACACACACACACACACACACACACACACACACACACACAGUGCAUUAGCAGGCUCAGGGCAGUUUCCUGUGUGAGGAGCAGAGAUCCUCUACCUCUCAUAUAGCCAAGCAACACUCCAGAUGCAAACGGCAUCAACAAGCAAUCUCGACCGUAAGUCAGCUAACAGCAGGUCUGCCAUUCAGUCAUUCUCUACCUCACCACUCAGCAGGCAGCAAGAAUCCAAAGCAGGAUUUAAAAAAAGGCCAAUACUGUGUACUGCGUGUGUAUGUGAAGUACACGUUCAUGUUAAACCAAACACCUGACAUCUCUGGAUGACCCCCCACCCCCUCCUCAACUCCCGAUUUAAAUUUAUUUGACUGUAAUUUGGAAGAUGUUUCUCCCAGAGUAUUUGCUGGAGCUCUUUCACUUGCUUCCCUUGCUUCUCCAGCUCUACAGCAGGGGAACCUGAGUGGGUCUGACUGAUGUUUGUUUAAAUUUCUCCCUCCAGCUCUACUCCUUGUGUUUAAACUUUACAGUGACAUUCCUAUUUUAUAUCUGGACAGACUCAAUGUUAGUUAUGCCAUCUUUCACAGUAUUUGUCAAGCUUGGUGAAAUUUAUAUCCAACUCUAAGAGGAAAUUGGGCAAUAAAACAGCCCUGACUGUCAUUCCUUUUGGAGCGUGUUGACAUUUUUAAUCCACAUCUGUUUUCUGUAUCCUUGCCGUUACUAGGAUAACAUGGUGCUCAGUGUGACACUUUACACAAUAUUUAACAUGUCUUUACAUAGAAACAUGAAAUAUGUAUUUAUGCAUUGUUGAUAAUUGGUCCAACGUUACUGUCAUGGAGAUCGUUGUUACUGUAAAUCAGUGGUUCCCAGAUUCUUACUAAUAGGCACCUAGGCACUGUUAGGCAUUAGCAGCAUUUCUCAUCAGUUUCUGUUGUUCAAUUGAAAAGCAAAACAUUAGAAUCUUUUUCACAGCAGAAAGUUUGACUUGUCACAGCAGGAAAACAGGUGGCACUUAGAACAUUAACAAUGGCUCCAUUCAAGAAAUUAUUUAUUUUGAUUGCAACUGCUAGUUAGCUGUGCAUGCUAACAUUUGCGGUUCACAUUAGAGCAGAUAAACAUACUGUUUAAUCCAUCUCUGACUUCAUCUUCUACAUACGUUAAGGCAGAAUUUACUGAUGUGUCCUGUCUGGAAGUUGACACAGCGUAUUUAAGAAUUUUUUUUUGCAGUUUUAAACCAAUUCAUUCUGGAUAUUCUGCAUUUGUUUUACCAUAUGUGGGUAAUAUGUAAUAUAUGUUUAAUUGAUAUCAUGUAAAAUUGAGCGCUACAUUUCCCAUCAAUGCAAUGUAUGUUUUUGUAUUGAGCAAAAUUUGGCAGCACUAAUUUAAUGCUUAAUGCAAACAAGCUUGAUCAUAAAUAGGAAGAAACACCAAGAAUAAGCUCUAAAAGAAAAAAAAAACAUAGAGAAAAAUGCCCUUAAAGUACACUUAGUGUGCUAGCCUUGACAGGAUAUCACAUUCUGCAUUUGUGUUUUGUUAUUGUGAAUUUGUAUUUGAUAUUGCUUUUCCACUGACAAUCAUGAACUAGUAUAGAUAAACGAUGUUGAUAACAUACAGAGGGUUUUUUAAGUGUGUUUUCCCAGUGGCAGGUAUAAUGACCCUUUGUGUCUUCCUUUUAAAAAUUGUCUUCGAUGUCAUUCUUAUGUGAUGCCAUCACCUACAGUGAUUCAAAUUGUGUGGAGUAUUUUGUUUUGUAAAUGUUAUGUCUUGUGUUGAAAUAAAGACUUUUCCAUAAUUUGUUCUCUUGUACACCAUCUAUGAACUGGAGAUGUCUCAGCUCCAGUCUACUUGUUUCCUAUCUUGCCUUUAAGAUACAUUUACAUGAAUAAUCUAAAAAGUGUUUCUGUUCCUUUUAAAUAAUCCAUUAAGGAAACCCUACUGCUGGAUACACAAACUGAAAAUAGGCAUUGAGUGUUUAUAUGGUUCCGGCCAAGAUGGCUGUGUGAUAUGAAUCAGACAUAACUGAAUGGGCAGGUUACCCAUCAUUUCCCCUUCCUUUUCUGCCAAUGAUACAGUUCUCUCUGUCUGAUAACAUCUCUGUGUAUAGAUGCUCACUCCAGAAGCUACAGGUCAUAAGCAUGUGACUGUCCUUUCCAGUAUUAACACUGUUCAGUGGAUCCAAACCACUUUAUGACAAGAAAUGUUUAUUAUAAGUUUUAUUUAAAAUGUGUAACAUCAUUUACCAUUCCUGGAGAAGUUACAGGACAGGUAAGUAUUUACAUCAUAUUACCACUAGGGGGCAUUGUUGCACUGGAGUACAGCUCCAGAUGACAUACUGCGCUUUCACGUGAAUCUAAAUUUUACUGCAGUUUAUGGACUGAACAUCUUUGCAGGUAUGAAAAACUAAUUUCAUAGAUUUUAAACAGAGCUGUAGUGACUUCGUGUCUCAGCUGGGCCUUUAAAACCAUCUGUCUUACACCUUACAGCUGAGUAACAGUCACAGUACUGCGGUGUAAAAUACUCCAUUACCAGUAAAAAUCCUGCAUUUCAAAUCUUACAUGAGAAAAAAUACAUAAAUAUAAUUUGUGAAAUGGAUUUGAAGCAUUAAUGUAUAGCAAUGUCAAUCUAUUAGUUUGCUGAGAUGGAGCAGUUACACUAUUCUAUAUACUGUUUGGUAGUUUAAUCUAUAACAAUACAUGAUAUUUUAUAAACUAAUCACUAAUUGUGUGUGAAGAAUUAAAAUCUGCAAAGUAAGCACUAUAGCACUAGUAACUAUAGCUCCCAUAAAUGUAAUGGUGUAAAAACUGCAAGAAAGAAGCAGAAAAUGUAAAUACUCAAGUAGAGUAACAGUACCUAAAACUGUAUGUAAAUACAAUAUUCAGUAGAUGUACUUAAUCGGUUAGUUACUCAACCACCCACUUCUAUCUGUCCCACACAGUGUGACAAACUGUAGUUGUCCUGAUGUAAAAUCUAUAAGUGAUUACAGUCGUAAAAUUUAACAUUUAAACUUGAUUGUGUAUCUUCAAACGAGAGUUUUAGAACUUUCUGUCUUGUCCUUGCCGUCUAUAUAUUACUGAUUAAAGUGCAGUAACAAGAUCCACAAAAAAGAGUUUAAUAAUGACAGUAAAAGCGAGGGAUUAUCAGCGGUUUACUGGGACACAUAUUCACAAAAGCACAACAAGAACAUACACUGAGGAUUACUUGCUUUACACUGUAAUCUGUCAGUUGAUCUACACCUUCCAAAUAAUGACAUAACUAACUUUCAGUACUUGAACUAUUUAAUUUGAUGGAAAUAAAAUGCCAGUUAUGUCUCUUUGUAUUAACAGGGUCUUGUCUUAGUGAAAUCUCCCUCUGAGUUUUUUUUUUUUUUUUU